AUGGAAACGCCGCUCGCGCAUCUGAUUCAUCUCUGUUACGGCUUGGAAACCAUCAAAAGAACAAGGCGCGUCGACGUCAACACGGACAUGAGCCACUUACUCCCGCCCGGGUUCCCACCAAUCUGGGAAUCGCAGUGUCCACCGCAGCACACUGAGUGGGAGCCGUACUGGCCGGAAAUGCAGUCCAAAUUAGAAGCAAUAUACGAGAGCCCCCCAGCCACAUUUUACACCACAAUUCUCACCUCCUGUCCUGGUUUCCAACGCGUCGCCGUUCAAUUCCAAAGCGCCCCUGAGGAGCCGUUGACCCAAAGCGUCGGUGGGCGCCUCACGUCGUUUCACAAUUCGCUGAACGUGCCACAGCUCCUCAACGCAUUGUCCACACUUGGCUACAAUGUCGCCACACUUGCCCGCCGCCUCGGCGCGGCACCCCGCGUCAACGAUUAUGCUGCGGUAAAACUGGCAGUCUUUCAGUCGGUCUUCGUUCUCAAGACCGACUUCCCCCCCCGUUGUCUCGACCUCUUCUGGGGUUGGUGGCUCUCCCGCUACCUCGAGGCGUACAAGGGCCGCCUCAGUCGUGCUCGUGAUUCCAUUCCUCGUCAAAUCAACGCCAUCGAACUCCACCUAGCUGCCACCAAGUCCACCACGGCCGCAUACACUUGCCUAGUCAUGCUCAAGAGUGCCGUUCGCUUGUCCCAUCCUCUCCCUGUCCUGAUGGCAGAACUACCCGCGCUCUGGAGCAGCCCAGACAUCGCCGAUCCCGACACGAAGAUCUUCACCCAACUCAUUCGUCUGUGUGCUCAAGUAGCCACUCGCCUCUCCAGCGUUGCCGCCCGCAUGGUCCACGACGCCGCCACUGAUGCUGCUCUACGCGUCCAACCUUAUUUCGAUCAUAUUGAGUCGACACUAGCCGAGCAGGACGGUAACGACGAAGCCGACUCCGAAACCGAUGAAAUUGACAUGGACGUCGUGAAAAACGAAAUCCUUGCCAUGCUGGUCACCCUUGACGAUCCCACCGUUCCCCUUCCCCAGUCAACGAUCGCAACCGUCCUUGACGGUGAGACGGCAUUAGGAAUCUCGGCUUGGGACGAUGGUACUGGCGAUAUGGGCGUCGAGCAAUGGAAACAUUGCAACCGCGAGGAGACUAUGCUCUCGCUGCGCUCCUUCGGCGUGGGAGACCAGUUCCGUGGCCUUCGCACCAUCCUCACUACGCGCGUCGGAAGCGUCCCGAUGGUUCCUCAGUGGCAUCAGCUGCAGGGACUCCUGGCGAUACUCACCCGCACGAAAUCUAACGGCAAUGAGCCUACCUCUGUUCCCAGCUGCGUCCUGCUCGCCGACGACAUGGGUCUAGGUAAGACGCUCACCUGUAUGCUGACCAUUCUGGUCCACGCCCACCUUGGCUCCACCGGACUACCGCGCUACGCCCAGCGCCACCUGGUCCUGUGCCCUCCCACUCUUGUAGCCCAAUGGCGAGACGAAAUCGACCUGUUCCUGGACGGUACCCUCUCAACCUACGUCAUCGGCAGCGUCCAAGAAGACUGGACGGCAGAGAUUAAAAUGAUCCAUGAAAGCCCAGUGCCGCUGCACGAUCAAAUCGUUCUCACCUCGCAUAACGUCCUCACUCGCAUGGCGGCGGAGUCGAUUCGGCUUGCUCCUGACGGCCGAUGCAAACCUUACCCGACCGGCUUAUGGAAAAAGAAUAGCCUCUAUCGGUGGUCCUUUUCGACCGUCGUGGUCGAUGAAGCCCACAACGCGCGGAACGAAGGUUUCCUCAACCGCGCCAUCGACGCGAUCAUCGGGUUGACCCAAGUCGGCAUUUUGUGCACCGGCACCCCAUGUGUGGAAAGGCUGCAGGACGUUGUUAAUCUCGGACUCAUCAUGCGGGCUAUCGAGCCCAGUCAAAAAUCUAUGAUCCUUGUCGCCGUGCGCAACGCACAUCAAGCAAAGCGCCUUGUCAGGGACGAAGAAAAUGCCCAGAUCGCCCGUUUCUCCCAACUACACCACAUCAGUCAGAAUAAGCCCACGCCUCUCCUCCAAGACGUCCAACGACAGGACGCUGCCGUCAUCCAAACAGUCAGGAAACUGUUGAAGGCACAGAUUAUUCGCAGAACGGGCCGAUCCUUGGACUUCAACGGUGUCGCUAUCGCCAGCACGAUGCCUCUUCACACUGUCUUUUGUCUGCAGACGCCCUUGACACCGACAGAAAUCGAAGACGUUGCUAUGCUGGAAGCAGACCGGGACGGAAAACUUGAGCGUCGGGGGUUCGAGGCACUAGGGGCCUUCUAUCUACAAGCCCGACAGGCCAUUGCUCUACCCGUUGCAGCACGCAAUGACGAUCUUUCCAUCCAGUCCGCUGCCGGACUUGUGUUUUCAAAGCUCAGCUCCCUCGCAGAACUCGUCAUCCAGCUGCUCUCCCUUGGACCCGAGGCACUGGUUCCCGCAUCAUACCAUGGCACCACGGGUCACGUCCUUGCCCCAGAGGAACUUAACCUCCCCGACGUCACCACUCCCAUCUACCAACCAUCGCGUUUCCCCGACGGCAAAAACGCACAGUGCAAGAUCCUCGUUUACACUAUGCUGGCCUCUAACCAGCAGGCAUUCCAGUCCUACUUCGCCUCGCUCGGCGUCAAAUCGCUCUAUCUUCAAGGGAACCAAUCGCUUGCACGCCGCGAGCAAGUAAUAUCCCAGUUCAAAACAGACCUCUCCAUCCCGGUUCUAUUCGUGAGCAGUGUCGGCGUUGCUGGACUGAACCUCACAGAGGCAAAUGUCACAAUCACUUAUGACACCCCAUGGAGCGGUGUCGACGCUGCCCAGUUCCACGCCAGAGCGUUUCGGACUGGCCAGCAGCGUCACUGCUUUGGUAUCAUGCUUUUUGCCCCCUACACGGUUGACGUUUACUUGCUGAUGACCGCGCUCGGCAAGGCAGACCUUGCAGUCACGUUCUCAACGCCCGAAAAAGCCAGAGCUGUCGUCGAGCAGCUACAUGCUGAGGACGCCAAUGACGGCCGCACUGUCGCCGAAACCGAGACCGAAACCAAACAGGCUGAUUCUCUACCCCUGGCAAAGAAGGCCACUCAACCGGCCAAAAACCAGACACAGUCCAAGGGUCGGAAGGGCCUAGGGUCAUUGCUGCCUGCGGAAGCAUCAAUAGAACAAGCCCCACCAACCCAUCCACCCGCCACCGCUCCCAUUCCUUCUCCGCAUGGCCACCCAGACCCACUCCCACCCCACCUACCUCCAGCCUCGCCAAUAACUCACUUGACACAGCAGCUGGGCUCUGAAGCACCCCACACGGAAACCCCACAGCAUCAGCAACAAGACAGCUUAUCUGACCCUCCAGAAGGAACACCAACAGGCCCAGACGCCUCUGCGCCAUCCAAUACCAGCGACAAGGACUUGCCUGCGCAGAUAACCCAAACUGAAUCGGAACCUCCGGCGGAGCAACCGGGCAAGGCCCAGCAUGUGACCGACUCCGAAUCCAACUCCCAACCCAGACAUAUCCCCGUCGAUUCGCCAGCACGCCCGUUGUCCAACGACAUCGAGAUGACGGAUGUUGACCACUCAUCUGGCCACCCCGUCCCCGCAGAAAAGCGUAUUGCGCCACUUGAAGACCAGGAGCCGCCAGAUGCUUCCCAGAGCGGCUCCUUCGAAGACUUUCGGUCAGAUCAGGACUCUGUCUUGUACGAUGACCACGAAUGGCCUCCGAGCUCUCAGAGUGGGUCUGUCGACGAUUUCCGGUCAGACCACGACUCAACCUCGCGCGAUCACUCGGAAUGGCCUCCGAGCUCUCAAGCCGGGUCAUCGCAGCCCACCCAGACCGACAGUGAACCAUCCUCUUCCCAGCAGGUCCAAACGCGCCCAGCUCGUAAAAGAAAGCGCGCUCUUCCAGAGCGCGAGCCGUCCGUCGAACCCAUCGACGAGGCACCCCUCAUGUUCAAACCUCAAGUGCGGGCAAAGAAGAACGCGAUGCAGCGUCUCAGACAAUAG